GAGGCGGCCGCGGGCGUAGUGCGCGAGAAGUGCUUGGUAGAGCGCACCGUGAUUUACUGCUAUCUGUUAACGGACCUCCUGAAUAAUACAAUAUCCUGCUAUCAACAUCGUAUCCUGUAUCUUAGUAAUUGAUUCAAUAAUUCUUUGUGCUUAUAUCCUAGAGGCCAAUAUAUUAAGGCGAUUCAAUGGAGGCUAAAGAAUUUAAGGAAUUCGCUAAUGCGAUGACUAACUACAUCACAGAAUAUCUGGAAAAUAUCCGAGACAGGCAAGUGGUGCCAUCAGUGAAGCCUGGUUACUUGCGUCCCUUGGUCCCGGAACAAGCGCCCGAAAAGCCGGAGCCAUGGACCGCAGUGAUGGCGGACAUUGAGCGCGUUAUCAUGUCUGGUGUGACGCACUGGCAUUCGCCAAGAUUCCACGCUUAUUUCCCUACUGCCAACUCUUAUCCCGCUAUUGUGGCAGAUAUGCUGAGUGGAGCAAUUGCUUGCAUUGGAUUUACUUGGAUUGCGAGUCCCGCUUGUACGGAACUUGAAGUCGUAAUGUUGGAUUGGCUGGGUCAGAUGCUUGGACUUCCUGAUGAGUUUUUAGCUCGUUCUGGUGGAGAAGGAGGAGGCGUUAUCCAGGGCACAGCCAGCGAGGCAACUCUUGUUGCUUUGCUCGGGGCGAAGUCGAAGACUAUGCAACGAGUCAAAGAAGAACAUCCUGAUUGGACCGACGUAGAAAUAUUGUCCAAGCUCGUUGGAUAUUGCAACAAACAAGCUCAUUCUUCGGUCGAGCGUGCAGGUCUCCUUGGGGGAGUAAAACUGCGAACUUUAUCGCCGGACAGCAAAAGAAGUUUGAGAGGAGAAACCUUGCGUGAAGCCAUAAAGGAAGAUAUGGAAAAAGGCCUUAUUCCAUUCUAUGUUGUAGCUACACUGGGCACGACAUCAUCAUGUGCCUUUGAUAAUCUUGAUGAAAUGGGUGACGUGUGUCAAGAUCUCGGUGUUUGGCUACACGUCGAUGCUGCAUACGCUGGAUCGGCAUUCAUUUGUCCUGAAUAUAGAUACUUAAUGAAGGGAAUCGAAAAAGCUGAUUCCUUCAAUUUCAAUCCUCACAAAUGGAUGUUUGUCAACUUUGAUUGUUCGGCUAUGUGGUUGAAACAGCCGCGCUGGAUCGUAGAUGCUUUCAAUGUUGAUCCGCUAUAUUUAAAACACGAUCAGCAAGGCUCAGCGCCCGAUUAUCGUCAUUGGCAAAUUCCCCUUGGACGUCGUUUUAGAUCUCUCAAGCUCUGGUUCGUGUUGCGACUUUACGGUAUUGAAAAUCUCCAAAAAUUAAUUCGCAAACAUAUUGCAUUGGCGCAUUACUUUGAAGAUAUUUGCAAAGCUGAUGAGCGCUUCGAAGUCGUCGAAGAAGUUAUCAUGGGUCUCGUUUGUUUUAGACUUAAAGGUGAUAAUGAAAUUAAUGAAGCGCUUUUGCGGCGCAUUAAUGGCCGCGGUAAGAUUCACAUGGUGCCAUCUAAAAUUGAUGAUUGUUAUUUCUUAAGGCUUGCUAUAUGUUCACGUUUCACUGAAGAGAAAGACGUUUGUGAGUCUUGGGAAGAGAUCCAGGCUUCAGCUAACGAAGUUUUGCAAUAAAUAUAAAAUUUUAUCAAAGUAUUAAGUACCUACUAAGUUUAGUACUCCGGACUCCGGUACCUACUUAACUAAAAUUUAAAAAAAUAAAAUAUUUAGCAAAUUUUAUCUAGUUACAUAUUGUAUAAAUAUAAGUGUGAUAUUAUAGUAUCUUCAAAUUAUCUAUAAUAUGUCGUGGCCAUAUCGUAGAUUUGCUCAUUUCACGAAAUGAUUGAUCAUUCAUUCAAAGGUCGCAUUUCAUGAUGUGGCCCAAUCACCAAUGUGGCCAACAUAGUUUGACCAGAUCAUUAAAUCGUCAAUGUUUUACGAUUUUGUCAUUCACAUUUGGCCAGAUCGUAUAAAAUAUAUGGCGACUCCAUUAUCCAUAAAAUAUUUUAAAAAUUCAGAAUAUUUAAAGAAUUUGUUUUUUGUCAUUCAUAAUAAUAUGCCGCAAGCCGCGGCAGCAGCCCGCGAGUGCCAGGAUCGAAUCGUUACUUGUAAAAGGAAACAGUUAGGUUAGACGAUAAACAACUUGACAAACUUGUGCGUUACAAGCCGUGCGAGCAAAGUGGGCGUGUCGCGCCAACAGCCGGCGAGUGCCAGAAGCGAAUCGCUUUUUAGAAAAGACAAUUAUACAAUAUAGUAGGAUAUAUAAAUAUAGUUAUAGGAUUUUAGACACAUUUUUUCUUCAAUAUGUAUAAGAUAUCCGCACUAUACUAUGGAAACCCAUACCUACUCGAACUUCUUCGUCGUAAAUUCUUUACUAUGACUUUCUUCAUAUUGUAAUUAAACGAAUUAUGAAGUUUUUAACUGCGAAUAAUAAAAUUUUCACCAGCUGCCGCCAUCUUAUCACAUAAACACCGCGCUUGCAGCGCCUCUACCAAUAAUAAUUAAUGUAACUAUUUUACGAUAAGAUCAAAUAAUUUUGAUCAUUUCAUGAAAACACCGCACGUUUAGUUGGCCAUAUCGAGAAACGAUUUCUUAUUAUUGGUCUGUAUAAACCACAUAAUGGUGUGGCCAAUAGACAUUCAACCAUUGCAUGAAAUGCGACCAUUUCAUGAAAUGAGCAUAUCUACGAUAUGACCACGACAUAUACAUUAUACACAAAUACUUACCUAUUUAAUUUUGUUUGCUAUUUAAUUUUUUUUUACCAUGGUUUUUGUAAUUAGCUUGCCAAUAGAUAAUAUCUAGGUAUAAUUUUACAUUUUGUUGUUAUCAAUUAUUUCCGUACUUCAACUUAUUUAACAAAGUUAAUCUUAAUUUGAACUAACUAGGUAUAUCAUACCUACCUAUUAUCUAAAUCAUUACCAUUGUUCAAAGUUCCUUUGUUUAUAUCAAUAGUGUUCUUUUGUAAAGUUAUCACCAUGUUAUCACUAGUGUUAAAUACACAACAUUUUUGUUAUGCCACCAAAUUACUUAUUUGUGUAAACCACAGAACAUAUUAUAAACUUAAAUUAUAAAGAACAUAUAAAGAGGUGUAAAUUACUGUACCUACGUUUUUCGUUAUGAAAUAUGAACAUGGCACCUAAAUAAUCUCCUUGUAACACGCGAAAUUAUUAAUUUCACGUGUGAAUACUACCUACAUAUUACAUAUUAUAACCAUUAGAAAUGUGAAUUACUUAUAAGUAUAUAUUAUAUUAACCAACAUUACUAGUACAAAAAUGUCAUUCUCGCAUCGAAUAUCUGCGCUAUUUGUGUAAACAUAUUAUAUAAUUAUUAAUUAUCAUAUUAGAAUGUAGUGAUUAAGGUAGUGAUGUUUAAUAAUGUAGAACAAUAAUAUUUUGUGUUCAAAUUAUUCAAGAUGUGAAAUAAAUGUUGAAAAACAA